AUGGGUGUCCAUAUCUUCGGUAAGAACAUGAAGCACAGUGCGCUUGUCCACCUUGGACUCGCCAAAAGUAUCUUCGGUAUAGGUCCUCAAACCGCCCAAAAAAUCUGUGCCAAAGUUGGAAUCUAUCCUCAAAUGAGAAUGAAUGAAUUAUCAGAACCCCAAGUUAUGGAAAUCAAUAAAGAAGUCUCACAAAUGUUAGUGGAAGGACAUUUGAAGCAGAAGAUUAAUAAUGAUAUUAAGUUGAAGAAAAAUAUUGGGUCAUAUGUUGGUAAUAGACAUGCAUUGGGAUUGCCUGUUAGAGGUCAAAAGACGAGAAAUAAUGCAAAUACUGCUCGUAGAUUGAAUAAACUUAUUAGAUUCCAAGUUUAG